AUGGGCAGGACCCAUACAUACAGCUUCUUAUUAGCUCGUCUAAGACAAAAAUGGAGCCUUUUGAAAGGUGCAAUAAGAUUGAUUGACCUGGAAAACAACUUCUAUGUUGUACGCUUUGUGCUUGAGGAAGACAUGAGGUACGUUUUUUCUGGGGGACCAUGGGUAAUUGCUGGGCAAUCUUUAGUGAUGCAGAGAUGGAAACCAGGAUUUGAUCCUAAUGAAGCUACCAUCACUCGUAUGGCUGUGUGGGUGCAUGUUACGGGUUUACAUGUUGAAUGGUUUAAUCCUGAGGCAAUUAAACGUAUUGGGGACCUUAUUGGUGUGACUUAUCGCAUUGAUUCUCACACAAUUGCUCAAGCCCGUGGCAAAUAUGCUCGAAUCUGUAUUGAACUGGAUUUAACCAAACCGUUAAUUGCUAAUGUGCAAGUUGAGAAUAAUUGGUAUGCCAUAGAAUAUGAAGGACUCCAUUUGGUCUGCUUUGGCUGUGGAAUUUAUGGCCAUAAUAGGAACCAAUGUCCAUAUGAAAUUAGAGUUCAUGAGGAUACCCAAAAGCCUAUGGAAGGAGAGUCUACAUCUGAUAAGGAACCUUUUCGGGUUGAUACUGAUAUUGGGAUUUCUUCUGGCACUAAGGAUGCUUAUGCAGCUACCCCUGCAGAUUCAAGCCAUUUCGGUCCUUGGAGCCUAAUCAAUGCUGCCAAACAAAAAUCUGGGUCCAGAUUUGAUCUUUUGCACUCACAAAAUGAGAUAAAUGGCCUCCCUGAGGCCCUUGAAGUGCAACCUCCUGUUGCCACCCCACAACCAUGCUUCCUAGAACCUGCAUGUGCUGAGGCAAAACAAAUUGGUGAGACUACAAAGCAAGUCAAGGGAAAACAGAAAGCUAAAGGUAGACCAAGGAAAACCUUUGGGGAUAUUUCCAACAACGGGAAAGAGAAAGAUGCUGCAACUAAUACUCCAAAAAAUAGACAGGUUGAUUUUAAGCCAUAUGUCCUCAAGAAGACUUCCUUGUCGAAUGGAUUCCAAGUUCGUAAUUUGGAUAUCCAAGAAGAAACGUUGGAUGGCCUCUCUUUCAAUCUGAACAAGUAUUUGAAGGAGAAGGGGAUUGGGGGUGACCAUGUCAAUAAGCCGGAUAUUGAAGGGCAUGACCCCUCUAAUAUUGAUCAAAAUACUGAUUCAAUGAUUUGUGGCGAUAGUUUUGUGAAUAACUAUGGUAGAAGUCCAAACAUGGGUGUCUUAAUUGGUAAUGAGGUAAAUAGCCAUCCUCCUACUGUUAUUGUAGAUUCUGCUAGGCUUAAAAAAGCCAUGAUAGAUGUUAAAUCUGGAGUUGUAGGCUCUGCCUCUGCCUUGGUAGAGGCUUUGAGCUCUGCCUUUUAA